GCUUUUUUUUUUGUUUUGUACACAUGCUUUUUGUUUUGUUUUAUUGAGUGAAACAAGUGAACCAUACGACAGACACUGGUCAGCCAGUCAGUGAGUCAAUCAAUCAGUGAAUGCAUAAGCCAGUGUAAGAGCAAUACAGAGAAAGCCAGAGAGAAGAGGAUAGAAUGCUUUGUGUAACGUGAAAUGAAGCCACACAGCAAGUUUAACCUUUCCGCCUACAGCAGUCUCGUCUCACUGGUCAGCCACGUCCGCCUGCCACUGCCAUCCAACAUUGCCUGAGGACAGAGAAGUAAAGAAGAGUUAAGGACACGGGGGCAUCACAACACAAAUGGCCGAGAAGCAGACACAAUUACAGAAACAAACACAACAAACAAAACUUCACAAUAAAAACAGAAAGAGCAUAUGGUAAUCUGAGAGAAUAUUCAGCUUCGACUGCAUGAGUGGACAACCGGCGAGUGUAAGAUAAAGAUUCACCCGACUGGACUGGACUGGAUUCAACUGGGCUGGCUAGGAGAGAAAAAGACAAAUCGUCAUCGUACUAAAAGCCCACAUCAUUUCAACCGCCGUCAUGUGCAUAACAAUCGCCUAUUUCAUCCUGAUGGUAGCCCAGCUGAGCACCUUGGUCCACUCCGCUGGCGAAGCUGAUUACACACUUGAUGAUUCAUUUUGGAAUGAAGAGAGUCCCGUCGGUGAAGUGGAACGGUUACUCAAAGAGUACAGACAAAAUCAAGAGCUGGUGCGUCGAAUCGGUGGUCAUUACUAUCAGAUCAUAUACCCAGUACAGCUGCGUCAUCACGAAAAGAUGGGCAUCUCGACGCGCGAAGUCAGUCCUCCAAAGCCUGGACAACGUCCUCGUCCACAUGAUGAUAGCGGCUUUAGCAGGGGCAGGACAAAGAAGCACUUUCAUCGCACGUCGCUGCUGAUUAAAGCUUUCAAUCACAAAUUUCGUUUGGAUCUAGAGUUAAACUCCCAACUUCUUUCACCCAAUAUUCAACAGAAACAUUAUCAUGUUGGAGGAUAUCUGGUGGAUGGCAACAGACAUGAUAUUGAGCACUGUUACUAUCAUGGAACCGUAAAGGAUUAUCCAGGAGCUAGUGCAGCUUUUCAUACCUGCAACGGCGUCAGCGGAGUCAUACACAUUGGCAACGAAACAUUUGUCAUUCAUCCGUUUUACGGUGGUGAUCUAUCGAAACAUCCGCAUGUUAUUUUCGAGGCACGCACCAAAGCGAACAAAGGAUGUGCCAACUCGGGCAACCUGGACUCGUGGCGUUUGUCCCGUCGCACUAAGCAUCUGAUGCCAUCGGUGGGCGUGCCUGCUGGUGUCGUUGAUGAGAUUCAUCAAAACGGCGCUGGCCGCUAUAAGCGAGAUGUUCGCGAGGCCACAAAAUACAUUGAAACGGCCAUUAUAGUGGACAAGGCCAUGUUUGAUAAGCGCAAUGGUAGUACGCGAGCGGAGGUAAUCCAUGAUGCCAUACAAGUGGCCAAUAUUGCAGAUCUGUACUUUCGCACAUUAAACACACGCGUCUCUGUUGUGUACAUUGAGACAUGGGGCAAAAAUCAGGCCGUUAUCGAUGGCAGCAAGGACAUAGGCAAGGCUAUAUCUAACUUCAAUGACUACACCUCAAGGAAUCUAUUUCAAAUUGAACGUGAUACCACACAACUACUAACGGGCGAAACGUUCGCUGGCGGUGAAGCCGGCAUGGCUGUGCCUGAGACUGUCUGUACUCCGCGUGCUGUUGGCAUCAGUGUGGAUGUUAAUGUCUAUGAGCCGCAUCUUUUGGCGGGCACCAUGGCCCAUAUGAUUGGUCACAAUAUCGGCAUGGGCCACGAUGAUGGACGCGAGGAAUGCUUUUGCCGAGACUGGCAUGGUUGCAUUAUGGCACAGUCAAUUGUUGGCCAAGAGAAUGUGCAGCCAUACAAGUUUUCAGAAUGCAGUAAAAAGGAUUACAUUGACGCCCUUCGCACAGGUCAUGGCCUGUGUUUGCUCAACAAACCGAAUGAAAUUGAGCUACGUAGAAAUUGUGGCAACAAGGUAAUCGAAGAGGAUGAGGAAUGCGAUUGCGGCACUUUUGAGGAAUGCGCAUUGGAUCCUUGCUGCGAUGGCAUCACUUGCAAACUGAAAUCGGAAGCCCAAUGCGCCAGCGGUGCAUGUUGUGACCAAUGCCGACUUCGUCCCAAGGAUUAUAUAUGCCGAGACUCACACAACGAAUGCGACCUGCCUGAGUAUUGUGAUGGUGAGAUUGGGCAAUGUCCCUCCGAUGUAUACAAAAAGAAUGGCUCGCCCUGUGGUCUCAGCAAGGCCGGAAUCUCUGGCUAUUGCUUCCAAGGUUAUUGUCCAACGCUAUCGCUGCAAUGUGAGGCUAUAUGGGGUUAUGGAGGAUCGGCGGCCGAUCGGCAGUGCUACGAGCAGUUCAAUUCAAAGGGAUCGAUCAAUGGUCAUUGUGGGCGAGAUGCCAAUGAGCAUUACAUCAAAUGCGAGCCAGAGAACGUCCAAUGUGGUACACUUCAAUGCAAAGAGGGGGAACGACAGCCAGUUAAUGAUGGUAUAGAUCAGCUUUAUUCACGCACCAUCAUAUCGAUUAAGGGCCAGGAAUACGAAUGCAAGGCAACCAGCGGCCAAGUGGGCUCAAAUAGCUAUCCAGAACAUGGCCUGGUUAAGGAUGGUACGCCAUGUGGUGAUAAUUUGAUUUGCCUCAACCAAACAUGCGUCAGUCUUUUCCCGCAUGUGGAUCAAACCAAGUGCCCAACAAACAAACAGGGUCAAGAGUGCUCAGAACGCGGCGUCUGCACGAAUACGAAUCGUUGUUUCUGCGACAUGGGCUGGGGCGGUGCCGAUUGCAGUUCUGUCGUACUGCUUACAACACCAAUACCAACAGAGGCACUGCCAACUCCGGAGAAUACAAUCAAAAUGGAAAAGAAGGAGACCCCAUAUGGCACCUCUGACAAAAAUAGGAUCAGCACAUUAACCAUGGUCAUCAUUUUAACAGUUAUCGUCAAAUGUGUCUUCAUUAGUUUUGCAACACUGGCCGUUUGCUACAGACGAAAGACUACUACACUUAAGUAUGAUCCGCCCUAUUCGAAGAAACCGAUAGCCAAAAGCUAUACGACACCAACCGCACCCAAUCAUCAUUCCGUUGAGGAAGUCUCACUGGAUGGCUCCAGUAAAUUGGUGUAUGCCAAUCAAGCAGGAUUUAGGGACAAGGGCAUUCAUGGACGUCGCUAUACGACAGGUGGUGAGGAUGAUCAGUCGCAUGCAGAGAAGGGCAUACUGAAGAAGCAUGGCUAUGGCCUGGUGCAUGGAGAGCAACUGAAAGAUAAAUGGGGCGACGAUAGCCAGUCGGACAACCUGGAGCUAAUUACACAGGAUGGCACAUUGGCAUCGACCAGCGGUGGAGCGGCUGCCUCUGAGGUAGAACGAACAUUAAAAUCGUUGAAUGGCUAUCAUGAGGAUAUAUUGGAGGCAUUGCGAAAUGCGGCAACGCAUCGGGGCACGGGUACCGGCAACACGCCAGUGGGCAGUGGCAGCCUCAGCGAGGAAAUGCUACGGAAGACGCUGCAAGACUGCAACAAUGCCCAGAUGGGCUAUGCAGCCGAACCGUAUAAACGUUCCAGUGGGUCAAAGUCCAGUUCACGUGAGAAUAUCUGCGAUAGCGCUGCCGCCCAUGCCAUACUCCUUGAUGGCAGCGGCUCUGGCCUGGGCGCCUUGGGACUUGGAGCUGCUAUGGGGGCCGGCAGCGGUGGCGGCGGCGUAGGCGUCGGCAUUGCCGGCCAAGGCAUGGGCCAUGGUAGUGCGCUGUUACAUCAUCAUCGAUCACAGCAUCAGUUGCAUCAGCCGACCGCAAUGCAGCUUCAACAGCAGCCAGACGAGGAUGAUGCACCAUCAACUGGACCACUGCGUAUACGCAAUUUGGAGGAUCUGAUUCGUCAGCUGGAGCAUCAUUCAUCACGCCAUAUGAGUCCCAGUGGCUCGGAGGAUAUACGCAUGUCGGAAACAGAUGCCGAUCGUCACUAUAGAUUAGAUAGUUCCGCCGCUUGUAGUGAGUCCUCGCAAGGCUCCAAUCAGCAAUUAGCACAAUCUCAGAAAACAGCUACAAUUCAUCCGUCUUACAGCAGCCGCUGUCGUCCCCGCUCUGAUGAGGAGUCGCGCUUUGCCUAUGGCGGCGGUCGAUACCGCCAGCCGGCCACCGCUGGCCGUCACAACACGCAUCAGUCCCACUCACCGCAUGCAUUUGGACACCACACGCACCAUUCACAUGCCCAUGGACACGCCACGCAUGGCCCCCAUUCAUCGCACCACUCGUCGCACACCCAUUUGCAUCAGGAUGACGAGGGUAUCUACGAGAGUGCCGAUCAUCAUGACCGCAACGUAGUUGAUGUCCGGCUUGAUCCGCAAGAGACACCUGAUAGCGAGAGUGAUGACUUUAUUCAAGCUCAACAACAGUUAGCCCGGUGGGCGAGUGAGGAUGUGGUAUCCGUCGUGGUAUUGGAUCAGCCGCAAUCCGGCACAAUGUCGGAUUCCCAACCAUCCAGCGGCGUCGGACCCAUGUCGGGAGCUACAACGAGCAACGUUAUCCACCACCAGCAUCCGCACCAGCACCACGGCGAUCAUCAAUCCUCCGCAGCGGCAGCAGCGGCGGCGGCGGCGGCGGCAGCCAACAACAACUCUAUAAUGGGUUUGGCAGUCGUCCCAAAUGGUAUAAAUGUAAGUCAGAGGGACUUUUACCCCUCGCCACCCUCAACGGAGACGGAAAGCAGUGGAAGUGUUAUCCAGCCGCCUACACGUCGCACAUUACAGUCAGCCGAUACGGGAGCGGCCAUAAGCCAACAGCAAUUGCAGCUCCAUCAGCUACAGCUCCACCAGCACCAUCAUCAGCAGCAGCAGCUGCAGCAGCAAUCCGGCGAUACCAGCAGCAGCAACAACAGUCAAUCCGGACAAAUCAUCGAGAAUGGCUGUUACCCGGAAUAUAAGCAUUGAUAGUGCAACAUGCUGCAUAAUAUGCAACUGCACCAGCACUCGAAAUCGAUAUCGAAAUCGCAUUUGCACCCGCACUCAAAUCUAUAUUAAGUACAGUGAAAGCGAAUGGCGAAUAAUUGCGAGACACAAAUGCAAGAGAAGGGGCCUAGGAUAGUAUAGAAGAAUGGGGGAGAAUACUUUUUGCAUAUGCUUCGCUUGGAAUACUCAAGUACAUAAUCAUACCCAUACACACACAGACACACCACACACACACUACAAAGACACACAUAUGC